CCAGUUACUAUUAUAUUUUUAAUUUCAACAAUCAAAUAUUUGUGGAAAUGUGUUUUUUGUCUUGUUAUGGAAGUAUCUACGUAAUGGUCCCGAUUUCACCUGUGAGCUUCCCCAAACCAAAUGUUUCCUCUCUGCCCUUUACAGGAGUUUCCCCAACCUAGAUGGUCCACAUUGGACCACUAUAGUUUUUCAGACAAUGGUAAAACUUAAAGGACAGGAGUUGCGCAGACCCGAAAGUAAUGGCAAGACCCUAAGGCCUCAAAGAACAAACAGGGAGGUAAGUGGGAGCAACCCCUAGGGGCCUCGGUCAUUCAUUGGACGCCGAGCAGGUCACUCUUUGCGUCUGGACGAAUGAGGGUGGAGCUCAAGAGGAGGGCACGCGGCCCAUUGUUGACGCCUCCGGCCCCGCCCACCGUCCUCCGGCGGGUGGACUCUCACCGGCCGUGGCCAGUGUCGCCCGAGGGGAGGCCUGGGUGGGCCGCUCCCCACAACCGCCCCCUGCCCUUCCCGUCCGGGGCCUCCUCGGGCACCGCCACCGACUGCUGUCCCCCUCGGCGGCCACCUCACGCCGGGCCCCGUUGCCCUCGGCCUCCCGUCGGCGGCAGCGGGCUAGGCGGCCGCCGCCUUCGCCUCCGGCGUCGCCGCAGCCCUGUCUGUCGCCUCCCCGGUGAGGUACUCCCUGGUGCCAUGGCCGCCUCCGGAGAUGGAGGCCAGGCCCCGGGUGGCCAGGAGAACCCCAUGGAUGAGGAUGAGGCGGGGGCCCCGGCGGCCGGAGGGGGCAACGAGGUGGCCGGCGGCGAGGCCGGGGCCGGCAGUGAUGGAGUAGCCAGGGGCGAUGGGGUGCCCGCUGGAGACGGAGUGGCUGGUGGCGAUGGGAUGGCCGGAGACGAAGCGGUCGGUGGCGACGGGGUGGCCGGAGACAGAGAACAGGUGGCUGGAGACGGAGAGGCAGUGGCCGGAGAUGGAGACCGGGAGGCCAGAGACGAAGACAGAGUGGCCGGCGGCGAUCGGGUGGGCGAAGGAGGAGUGGCCGGAGAUGGAGACCGGGAGGCCGGAGACGAAGACAGAGUGGCCGGCGGCGAUCGGGUGGGCGAAGGAGGAGUGGCCGGCGGAGAAUGGGUGGCCGGAGAUGGAGACUGGGAGGCCGGAGACGAAGACAGAGUGGCCGGCGGCGAUCGGGUGGGCGGAGGAGGAGUGGCCGGCGGAGAAUGGGUGGCCGGAGAUGGAGACUGGGAGGCCGAAGACGAAGACAGAGUGGCCGGCGGGGAUUGGGUGGGUGGGGGUGGAGUGGCCGGCGGAGAAUGGGUGGCCGGAGGUGGAGACGGAGCGGCCGGCGGAAACUGGGGGGCCGGAGAUGGAGAGGCCGGCGGAGACGGGGUGGCCGGAAACGAAGCGGCCGGCGGAGACUGGGUGGUCGGAGCAGGAGUGGCCGGUGGAGACGAGGUGGCCAGAGGUGGAGACGGAGUGGGCGGAGGCGGAGACGGAGGGGCCGGAGGCGGAGGCGGAGACGGAGACGGAGGGGCCGGAGGCGGAGACGUGGUGGCCAUGGGCAACAGAGUGGCCGGAGGCGGAGUGGCCGGAGGCGGAGAUGGAGUGGCUGGAGACGGAGUGGUUGGUGGUGGAGACAUGAUGGCCAUGGGCGACAGAGCGGCCGGCGGCGGAGACGGAGCGGCCGGCGGCGGAGACGGAGCGGCCGAUGGAGGAGACGCAGCGGCCGAUGGCGGAGACCGAGUGGCUGGAAACGGAGUGGCUGGCGGUGGAGACGGAGCGGCCGAUGGCGGAGACGGAGCGGCCGGGGACUCCGGGCCCCACCCUGCCGAGGCUGCCGUUUUGGCCGUGCCUGCGGAAGGCCUCGGGGAGGAGGCGGUGGGCCCCGAGGGCGGGAACGCCUUCGAGGCUGGCGACGACUCGGACUUCGGGCCGGCAGAAGAGGACGGGGCGGAAGAGCCGGAGGCCGCCGGGGACGUAAUUGUGGACGCCCACCAUUUCCCAAUGGUGGGCUUUCGCUUUACGUUCCUGGACCUGGUGCAUUCACUGCUACACCUCGUCCACUACAACAACCACAUCCUCGUGCGGCCCCAGCCUCUGCAGCUCAACGUUCCCCCUGCGCCCCCAGCGGCGACCGCGGCCCACGAGGCCCAGGGCUCGUCAUCGUCGUCAUCGUCGUCGUCGUCGUCGGAGGCUACCUGGGAGACCGCGGAGGAGCCUGACAAGGAGGAGCCGGCGGCCACAGAGGGAACAACAAACUAUCAGCAGGAAAACUCUGAUAAGGAGGCGCAAGUCUCGGAGAGCGGGGAAGAAGAGACGUUUAACCAACAACAAGAAGGAUCUCACUGAAAAGCAUUUGGACCCACCACAGAACAGGCCCAAAAAAUCCAGCUGGGAGGAACAAAACUAGAAGAAGAAAGAAGAAAGAACCUGUUCAUUGUUUCUGGUUUCUCAUUUUCUAGAAGCGCAUGGGAAUUUUAUUAACACUGACGUCAUUCCAAACCGCAUCCCCCAAAGAGUGACAUCCAAUGAAAUCUGCCUUUUCUGUUACACUUGACAGAUACGUUUGACAGCAUGUGUUCUCAUCGAAAAUAAAUUUGUUUUAAAGUAAUAAACUGGAAGGAAGGCAGAUUUUAUUUAGAGAAAUCAUUUUAACUCCAGUCUUUUACCUCUUUGUUUUGACGCCCCAUGCAUGCCUUCAUUAAAAGGUAUC